CAAAAUGGCGGAAGACAGAGCCGGGUCGGCGCUGUGAACAGAGCUGGAUAGAAUUAUUGGAGUCUAUUUCUAGAUAUCAACGGCUGAUUCAAAUAUUGACUGUUUUAUAAUGCCAGUGUGUUUUUGAAGAAAUCCCGCCGACGUUGGACGAGGAGUGAUAUCGCAUUUGCUAGUGGAACCUAACAGUGAUGGGAGAUGGAGGACAAGGGGCCUCGUGUAGCAGACUACUUCGUGCUGGCUGGUCUGACCGACUCCUCCACGCCACUGGAGCAGGAGAUCCACUUCCACGAUGUCUGCCACAAGACGGCCAAACCCAAGCCGCCCAUCACCGACGUCGCUGUGGUGAUGCGCUCCCUGGGGGAAGAGGUGCCUCCUGGGUACACGUGUGUGGAAUCCACGCCGUCCGGUCUGUCAGCUGACCUAAACAACGGAAGUCUCAUGGCGCCACAGAUCUUCCUGUGUUACAGACGAGGACGGGACAAACCGCCACUCACUGACCUGGGUGUUCUGUAUGAGUGGAAGGAGCGGUUGAAGCAGGGUUGCCACAUCAUCCAGACCACGCCCUCCGGACGCCCUGCCAACAUAAGCUCCACCUCUUCCCAGAGGAUCUACGUGACGUAUCGCCGCGCCACGGAGAGCCAGACCUACGCCGCCCUGGCCGUCACAGACAUCUGUGUCAUCAUCCCCGGCAAGGGAGAGACGCCACCACACACCUUCUGCAAGGUGGACAAGAGCCUCAACAGCAGUAUGUGGGGUUCCUCUGUCUAUCUGUGUUACAAGAAGUCUGUGGCCAAAACCAACACCAUAGCCUACAAAGCAGGUCUGUUUAGCAGGUAUCCUGAGGAGGACUAUGAGUCUUUCCCCCUGCCUGAGUCCGUGUCUCUGUUCUGUCUGCCCAUGGGGGCCACCAUCGAGGCCUGGCCGGCCCAGACCAAAUACUCCCUGCCUGUCUUCUCCACCUUCGUACUGACCGGAUCCUCUGGAGAGAAGGUGUACGGUGCAGCCAUCCAGUUCUACGAGCCCUACUCCCAGGACUGUCUGACCGACCAGCAGCGCUCUCAGCUGGGUCUGCCGGGGCUGGACCAUGGGCCCUCUUCCCCAGCCACUUCCCCCUCCACCCCAGCUCCGGGCCCCAGGGCGUUACACACCAACAAAUGUAUCUGUUUGCUGUCUCACUGGCCCUUCUUUGACGCCUUCCGCAAGUUCCUCACCUUCCUCUAUCGAUACUCCAUCUCUGGACCUCACACCCUGCCCAUCGAGAAGCACAUCUCCCACUUCAUGCACAAGGUCCCCUUCCCCUCCUCCCAGAGGCCCAGGAUACUGGUGCAGCUCUCUCCUCAUGACAGCCUGAUGUUGAGCCAGCCUGUGUCAUCCCCUCUACCACUCAGUGGUGGUCGGUUCUCCAUACUGCUGCAGAACCUCGGUCCGGAGAAUGCUAUAACGCUCCUGGUGUUUGCUGUGACAGAACAUAAGAUCCUGGUCCACUCUCUACGGCCCGCUGUUCUGACCAGUGUCACUGAGGCUCUGGUGGCUAUGAUCUUCCCAUUCCACUGGCCGUGUCCGUACAUCCCUCUGUGCCCGCUGGCCCUGGCAGGAGUCCUCUCUGCCCCCUGCCCCUUCAUCGUGGGAGUCGACUCACGCUACUUUGACCUUUACGACCCCCCGCUGGACGUCAGCUGUGUCGACCUCGACACAAACACCAUCUCCCACAAUGAAGAUAAGAGAGCCCUGACCUGGAAGAUCCUGCCAAAGAAAGCCUGUAAAAACCUGAUGAAUGUGCUGAACAAUCUCUACCAGCAACUGGUGGACGGUCAGCAGCGUCCUGAUGGCCUAUUGGAGCUGAGUAUGAGUGAUUGUACGGAGCUGGCCUGUGGGAAGAGCCUCCACAGCCUGGAGAUGGAGAUACAGGAAGCCUUCCUCAGGUUCAUGGCAGCCAUCUUGAAAGGCUACCGCUCAUUCCUGAGACCCAUCACCCAGGCCCCGUCUGAGAAGACUACUGACGCCUCCUCUCUCUUUGACCUGCAAGGGUUCCUGAAGAGCAGAGACCGGUCCCACCAGAAGUUCUACUCCCUGAUGACCAAGACUCAGAUGUUCAUCAGAUUCAUAGAGGAGUGCUCCUUUGUCUCAGACAAAGACGCCAGCUUGGCCUUCUUUGAUGACUGUGUGGACAAGCUCUACAGUGCAGACAAAGGAGGCAAGGUGGACAGCGAUAAGCCAGAUGAGACCAGGCUGAUAGAGAUCGACGAAUCACAGCGCAGCGAGCACACAGUCUUCAUCACACCCCCAGAACUACCCCAUCUGCCUGAUGGAGAGGAGCACCCACUUUGCUACAGCUAUGCAGGUUUCCCAGUGUUGAGUGUUGAUCUGUUUGACCCCAUGGAAGGCCUCCGACCCCCUGCCUCUCGCCUGGCUGCCCGACUGAGCUGCCCAACCAGCCCCGCACCCAUGUUCAGACGCACCAAACAGGAGAUCAAGUUGUCUCAGAAGUUAGCCAAGAAGUACUCUUCCAUCCCUCAGAUGUGGUCCAAGUGUCUGCUGUGCCACUGCUACGGCCUGUGGUUCAUCUGUCUGCCAUCCUACGUCAAGGUGUGCCACUCCAAGGUGCGGGCGCUACGCACCGCCUACGACGUCCUCAGGAAGAUGCAGGACAAGAAACUACAGCCUCCCGACGAGGUGUGUUACAGGGUCUUGAUGCAGCUGUGUGGUCAGUACGGCCAGCCAGUCCUGGCCGUCAGAGUUCUGUUUGAGAUGAAGAAGGCUGGAGUCCAACCCAACGCCAUCACCUAUGGAUACUACAACAAGGCGGUGUUAGAGUCUACCUGGCCCUCCAGUACCAGAGGAGGUUACUUCAUGUGGAUGAAGCUGAGGAACGUGGUUAUGGGUGUGGCUCAGUUCAGACAGGCGCUACGCAAACAGCAGCCUCCACCCACUCAGAGCCCCCUGUCAGAUGGCAGUGACCUGGACGCUGUGAGUCACGGCAGCCUGGAUAGCUCUGCCGACACUAACACGGCCGAGCAGGGCCCCUACGCCCCUGACUCCAUCAAAGUAGACCCAACUGACGAUAGGCGUAGCACAGUCAGCCGCGGGGACUGGGGCGGUGUGGGGUCGGACACCCGGUCGGGUCACUCACACUGGGGGGGUUCUGACCUCCACUCCCCCCGCCACUCAGGGGAGCAGUCAGACCUGGGGUAUAACUCCCUCUCUAAAGAAGAGGUGCGUAGAGGAGAACCCAGCCCGCUGGACAGGGACAGCACCCAGGACAAGGACAACAAGAAGGAGAGUGACUACAGCUCCUUGUCGGAGACAGAGAGUGCUAAGGGCAGUGGAGACUGUCUCCCCCAACAGGACUUCCCAGAGGUCAACGGUCCAUUCAAACGGCAUAAUUCCGGCAUCGUCCGCGGCAACUAUCCCUAUGACAAUGCAGCGUGUGAGCCCAUGGGGUCAACCAGCACAGACCAUGUAGCAGGUCUCCUGUUGAGCUCCUCUCUGAAUGAGAUAGGUAUGGUUGAGACCAACAGUCUGAGGAGGAGACAUCUCAGUACCCUUGAGGAGGGAGGUGGCAGUGGGAGUAGUGGAGGAGGAGGCCAUGACUGGCAGGGUGUGCGAGGGUGCAGACUGAGUGGAGAGAACAGGGUUGUCAGUGGUAGCAGUGGCACUCCGGUGUUGGGUCUGGGACUGCACCAGGGAGAGACUGACCCAGCCAGGAUAGCAGAGAACUUGGGGGCCGACACCAAGAUCCUCCAGGGGACCAGCUUCAGCCAGACCAACAGGCCGCGGUGGUUAGUCCUGGGAGGGCCAGAGGGGGUUGGAGCGGCGGGGGGUAAAACCAGGCGCUGCAGACGUAGAGACAGCCCUGAAGACGGAGAGGAGAGGGACUGGAGUGACGAGGACAAGAAUAACACAGACGCCAUCUUUGAUCUGGAGGACCUAGAUCUGGACGGACCAACCACAGAGAGCGUUGCUAAAACCAGCCAAUCACGGAAGAGAACGGUGCAACGCAGCGCCAGCUAUGGAGGUGUGGGUGUGGCCUCAGCCUCGCGAGGCACCGUUAAACGAACGGGGAUCGAGACAGGCUUCGACCCGCUGUCCCUCCUGGCGGCCGAGUCCAAGUCCCAGGGGGACAGAGAGGACGACCUGGAAGUAGAGAUGGAUGGGGUCGCGACCCCUACGGGCUGGCGCCAGGACCACCUGGCUAGGGAGAUAGAGAUGUACAUGAACCAUAUGGGUUCUCCUCUGAACAGCCGGACCCCCAGUAUGGACCUCCAGGACCCCUCCAGUCCCCUGUUCUUCCACCCUCCUCCCCCACUCAUCACCACCCCACGACGGGCCAGUCUCCCUCAUACCUCCCCUCUCAGGACAGGUGGAUUACCUCGCUCCAGGACCCAGCACUCCCCCUCGCCCUCCCAGCCUGCCAGACAGAGGCUCUGGUCCUCACCCCCCUGUCCCCGCUCCACCCCCAGCUCACAGCCCAGCCCCUACCGGGAGAGGGAGAGAGACAGGGACCUGGGUUUGCUGUCCCCCUCUCUGUCCUCCUCCUCCUUCGCCCUGGACCAGCUCCUCACCCCCACCCUGGAUGUGUUUAAGAGCAGCAUGUUCUCGGCAGGGAAAGGUGUGGCAGAGAAAGCUAGUCAGUGGUACUCUCGCCUGGCCACCUCCUACAGCAUGCCUACCAAGGAUGGUAACUGUGACCGUCUGAGUGUGUCCUCUCUGGGCAUGGACCCUGACUGCUCCUCCCUGUUGGAUGUGGAUGAGGAGGGACUGGGGGACCCAGACGGCUCCAUCAUCUCCCCUCAGAGAAAUGGCCCCGGGCCCCGUAGGAGCCCAAGGAGAAGUCCAUCCAGACGCAGUCCCCUGAGGAUCAGACUGGACAGUCCCACACACGGACAGACAGGCUUUCCUCCCCCAGACUGCUCUGAUCUGGGCUCGUCUCGCUACACCAGCAAUACCAGUGUCUUCCAGAACUACGCCAUGGAGCUGUUGAUCUCCAGCUGUUCUCGCUGUAAGACGUGUGACGGUCUGGUGUACGACGAGGAGAUCAUGGCAGGAUGGACGGCUGACGACUCCAACCUCAACACCACCUGUCCCUUCUGUGGGAACCCCUUCCUCCCUUUCCUUAAUGUAGAGAUCAGAGACCUGAGAGGACCUGGGAGGUUCUUCCUGAAGAGCAGUCCGUCAGUGGAUGAGGCUGUGUCAUCGUCCUACUCUGUGUCCACCGGUCUGGACACCGGGACGUCCACUCUGUCCACACCUUGUCCCACUACUGUCCUGUCUCCUCUCUCACCCAGGAUCACUGUAGAGGGCUGCUCUGGUAACAACAGGCUGUCGUCGUCCAGGGCCCAGUGUAUAGCGAUCCCUACAGAGCGGUGCCAGGGGGCCCUGUCCCCAGGGUCAGCUAUGGUGCGGAGUGUCAGUGCCUUUGACCCCAUGGAGGAACCAACUCGACUCAACCACAAUGUACCCACUACAGGCAGCCUGCCCAGCCGACUCAACGAAGCCAGCGACCCCCUGAGUGUUGAUAUGGAGUGGCGUCUCCACCACCCAGAACCAGUCACAGUACCCUACCUGAGUCCCCUGGUGCUGUGGAAGGAGCUGGAGUCCCUGCUGGAGAACGAGGGAGACCCUGUUAUCACGGUGUCAGCCGUGGUGGACCACCAUCCUAUCAUCUACUGGAACCUGGUUUGGUCCUUCAGACGUCUGGACCUGCCCAGCAACCUGCCUGGACUCAUACUGACCUCAGAGCACUGUAACAGGGGAUCUACGGUCCCUCGCCACUGGAUGUCAGAGGACAGUAAACAUGUGUUGAUCCAGAUCUUAUGGGAUAACCUCAAGCUGCACCGGGAUCUCAUCCAGCCGUUUUACAUCCUCUGGAACACACAGAGGCUUAAUUGUGCUCUGUUAGACAGUGUGGGCUACCCGUUGUGUCGUCCUGUAAGCGAGGCGGAGCAUCCGUUUGGGGAGGAGCUACUCCACAGUGUGGUCAAGAGCAUCCAGAGGAACGACGUCUCUCGACCAAUGGGACAGCUCCUACAGCUGCUGGGGCAGAGCCUGGGGGUCAAGAGGCAAAGGAGUCUGUACAGAGACAUCCUCUUCCUGUGUCUGGUGGCUCUGGGAAAGGACAACAUUGACAUCGACGCUUUUGACCGUGAAUACAAGAUGGCAUACGACCACCUCAGCCCCAACCUGGUGAAGCUGACGCACAACUGCGACCGUCCGCCCAGCACUGGGGUCAUGGAGUGUCGCAAGACCUUCGGAGAGCCGUACCUCUGAACUCUGACCCCUUUACGUCCGACACCUCAGCCUCCACCCGGCCAGUCACCUCCGUCACUCAGCAUAGCACAGCCGUGGGUAACACACGUGGGUAGGGUUCAAGAGAUCUUUGUGUCCAUGAAAAGCGCUGUAUAAAAUCCAUGUAUUACAACGGUGGCUUUCCCAAAGAAGACUGAGGGUUGCUUUAAAGACGAGCUCAGGAAUCCCUUUAGAAAGACUUCCAGAAUGUGAGCUUGUUGACAGCGUGACGUUUUGGGUCAUGUCCGUCACCUGUGAGAGAUGUGACGGGGCUGACCAGAGACUAACGGAGCUGACCGACCAGGGUGUUAUUAUGUAGUCUGACUAGUCUCACAAAAGGGAUGUUUUUAAAAUCCCAUGUCAUCAGCUGGUUGUAGAAGGUUCUGGACAUACCACUCUGGAUGGAGGGAGAUCAUACUCAUUAACUUAACAACGGUUUCACACAUUUUGACGUGUUCUAUUUCGGGGUACUUAUGUUUUAAGAAAUCUUGUACAAAUUGUUACAUAAAAUACAAAAUGUACUUUAUAUACGACAGUAGUAGUAGGGACCUUUUAUAAAACAACAUUUGUAUUAUAUAGUCAAAUAUAGAGACUAAUAUAAGCAAUAUUUUACUUAACUUGAAUUCUAUUUAUACAAAGUAAGCCUUUUAUUUAUUUUAGUCUGUUUUAUUUGUUUAGAUGGAUAUACUGUCUUCAUGUCAGGUUAAACAUCCAUUCCUGUCCUCCUGUGGUUGAUGGAUGUACUGUCUUCAUGUCAGGUUAAACAUCCAUUCCUGUCCUCCUGUGGUUGAUGGAUGUACUGUCUUCAUGUCAGGUUAAACAUCCAUUCCUGUCCUCCUGUGGUUGAUGGAUGUACUGUCUUCAUGUCAGGUUAAACAUCCAUUCCUGUCCUCCUGUGGUUGAUGGAUGUACUGUCUUCAUGUCAGGUUAAACAUCCAUUCCUGUCCUCCUGUGGUUGAUGGAUGUACUGUCUUCAUGUCAGGUUAAACAUCCAUUCCUGUCCUCCUGUAGUUGAUGGAUGUACUGUCUUCAUGUCAGGUUAAACAUCCAUUCCUGUCAUCCUGUGGUUUAUGGCUGUUAGAAAGAUCUAGUAGUAUUUACAGUGAGUAGUGUAACUGUACCUGUUACUGUACCACUCUAAUGUCCAUCGUAAACUGAACUAAGCUGGUUUGAAGUAUUGUAUCAGUGAGGGCAUUCAAAGAUUCACUCAAAACAACUAAAGUCGCUUUAAAACUGCCAAAAUGUUGCGAUAAAUACUCAAUUUCCGCUGCACUGUACAACAGAUGUUGUUGUUGACAAGACGUAUCCCGAGUAUGGAUUGAUUCGUUUGAUCAACAAAAUAUAAAUAUCUAUUACAGAAAUACC